GUUGGCCUCCUCCUUGGAAGCCCACAAGAGCUGGUCCAGAAGGAAGGCAGCGGCAGCAGCGUUCUGUAAGGCGAAGGGAGAGGCAGCUUUGACUGAGGGAGGCCAGGACUGCGGCAGGAGCAUUCUACGACGCCUGAAGGAGGAAGAAGAGCACAGCAUUACUUCUUCAGCCAUGAUCAGAUAUUGUACGGAUUAGGAUGGCCAGCUGGAUAUUCAGGUUCUGAAGAGGAAUAAGAAAGCCAGUCUGUUUUGAAUCUUCAAAUAUAGGCAGGAAAAUCUCUUCCCCUUUGUUUUUGUGGAGUGGGCGACUGGGCAUUGCUUUUCCUUUGCUAAAGAAGCCUCAGGUGUAUUCAUACACAUCCUGAAACCUAAAUUGGCUUGCAGUUGUACUUCCAUGGACUAAAAAAUGGAAUGAUGGAUGCUUUAGAUGUUAAUGCACUUUUAUGGUUUCUGCUCCACCAUGCUAAAGAGGACUGAGGAUGCCUCCCUCUUCCUUCCUGUUCACCACCUGCCCUCUUGCUAGGACCUGGAUCCAGAAUGAACAUAGCAGCUGUAUUUAAUGCCUUGCUAGUGUCUAUCCUUGCAGCUGUACUGUGGAAAUAUAUCAAGCUACGCGACCACGUCUUUGUUCUGGAAGAGGAGCUGGUCCUCAGUCACCAGUCCCAGGAACUCUCUCAAGUUCGCAUUGACUACCAUGCUGCUCUUCAAGCCCUGGUGGAAGAUGGCACCAAGAUGGUGUGCACUGGCAGGAUGCACACAGACCGUAUCUGCCGCUUUGAGUCUCUCUGUUACUCUACCGAGGCAGAAGAGUUUGUCUUUUUCCACAGCAACUCUUCUGUUAUGCUCCCUAACUUGGGCUCCCGAAGAUUUCAGCCUGCUCUGCUUGAUCUCUCCUCAGUUGAGGAUCACAACACACAGUAUUUCAACUUUGUUGAAUUGCCGGCUGCAGCACUGAAGUUCAUGCCAAAGCCCGUUUUCGUCCCAGAUGUGGCCCUGAUUGUGAAUAGGUUCAACCCAGACAAUUUGAUGCAUGUCUUUCAUGAUGACCUCCUUCCAAUCUUCUAUACCAUGCAGCAGUUCCCCGAUUUGGACCUGGAGUCCAGGCUUUUUUUCAUGGAAGGAUGGGGUGAAGGCCUUCACUUUGAGCUGUACCGGCUGCUGAGCAGCAAGCAACCCCUCCUGCAAGAGCAGCUGAAGACCCUUGGGCGUCUCCUUUGCUUUACCAAGUCCUAUGUGGGGCUGUCAAAGAUCACCACAUGGUAUCAGUAUGGCUUUGUCCAACCCCAGGGCCCAAAGGCUAACAUCCUGGUCUCUGGUAAUGAGAUCCGACAGUUUACCAAAUUCAUGAUGGAGAAGCUGAAUGUGAGCUUGGAAGGAAUGCCUGGUGAGGAAUAUAUUAUCGUAUUCAGUCGUACCAUAAAUAGACUCAUCUUAAAUGAGGCAGAACUCCUUUUGGCACUUGCCCAAGAAUUUCAGAUGAAAACCAUCACAGUUUCCAUUGAAGACCAUACCUUUUCAGAUAUUGUACGCUUGAUUAGCAACACGUCCAUGCUAGUCAGCAUGCAUGGAGCCCAGCUGAUAAUGUCUCUCUUCCUGCCAAGGGGAGCCACUGUUGUGGAACUCUUCCCUUAUGCCAUCAACCCUGAACAUUACACACCCUACAAAACACUAGCUACUCUUCCUGGCAUGGAUCUCCAUUAUAUUGCCUGGCAGAACAUGGAGAAGGAGAACACCGUGACAUACCCAGACAGGCCCUGGGAUCAAGGAGGAAUUGCCCACUUAGACAAGAUUGAACAAGAUCGGAUCAUAAAAAGCAGCGAAGUUCCCCGGCAUCUCUGUUGCCGUAACCCAGAAUGGCUUUUCCGUAUCUACCAGGACACAAGAAUUAACAUUGCUUCUCUUAUCCAAGUUAUCAGGCAAACAGUAAAAAUUAAGCCUGGGCCUAAGAGGCAAAAGUGGACCAGUGGUCUCUACCCGGGAAAAGUCAGAGAUGCCAAAUGCCAGGCCUCUGUCCAGGGCACCACUGAAGCAAAACUGUCUGUGUCUUGGCAGAUCCCUUGGAACCUUAAAUACCUGAAGGUCCGGGAAGUGAAAUACGAAGUUUGGAUUCAAGAACAAGGGGAAAACACAUACAUGCCUUACAUCUUGUCCCACCAGAACCAUACAUUUUCAGACAACAUCAAGCCAUUUACGAACUAUCUAGUCUGGAUCCGGUGCAUUUUCAACAAAAAUCUCCUUGGGCCCUUUGCGGACGUGCUGUUGUGCAGUACGUAACUGCUACCGAGUUCUAGACAUUCUGUUGUGUCAAGGGGCUUUACAUAAGAUGAGCCCAGUCCCAUUCUCCCAUCAUUUGUAGAAGACUGACAAGGACUUUCAGACCAUCCUAGUGCCUGAGUGUUCAUUUUAUUGCGUUUUGUGUGUCUUUUCUUCUGCGUAUUUCUGGUCAAGUUUGUAAAAAUGCUCUUGGCCCUUAAAACAAACCCACAGGCAUGAGGCUACAGAUUGGAAUGAAAAUAGAAAGAAACUGUUGUAUUUUGAUUGUUAUAUAAAUCUCACCUUUUUCUGUUCUUGUUCCUAUCCUCCUUCCCUCCUUCCUUUUCUCUCUCUUAUACAGUAGUGAAUAUUUUAAAUACAACUUUAUGCUGAAAUUUGUUUAUGUCACUGGGUGAGCAAUCAGUUUUAUAUUCUCCCAUUUUUAACUUUAUUUAUUUUUAUUUAUUGAUUGAUUCCUGAAAACAUUGACCAGAACAUUUGG